GCUCCCUGCCACCUCCCCCGCGGACCAUGUUCCAUGCCUUUUUUAGAUCUAUCUUUCGGGUUCUGCCACUGCUCCUUGUUCUGUCUCCAGUGAAUUCAUCUAGUUGUGCAAUGGGAAAUAAAACAACUGAAAUCCGUGUGAAGUAUGAGAAUAUACUAAGCCACGACAUCAAUGAGCUGGUAAAUAUGUCUGCAGAGUAUCGUGACAGGUGCUGCAAGAAUAAAAAACAUGAAAAUAGCAAAGUGUUUUUCUGCAAUGAUACUCAGGAAAUAGAAUCACUACAGAGUAUGGCAUGCAACAUGCUCAGAUUCUUUCAUAAGCAAAAAAUCAGCAAAGACUUUAGAUGGAAAGCAGCAUUAGUCUCAUGUGGGACACUACAGGUUCUACAGUGCAAAUGUGAAAGACAUAAAAAAGAAAAGGUUUGCACGCAGGUAAAUACACAUAAUAAAGAAGAUACAGAAACAGGUGAACAGUACAAAAAGAAAUGUAACCAAGAAUUUUGUGAACUGAAAGAAAAUAUAUCUAGCCUGCGAUCUUGCUGGAAUAAAUUUGAAAAAAUAAUUUCCAGGUGAUUCCAGGUGAAUCCUGCUCUUUUCUUUCGA